CGAGAACCAGCUGGUGUGUCGACACGCAUCCGCCGUCAGGUCGUGAUCCAUAGGAUAGGUCAAACUGCGAGCACAGUGAGUCGAGGGAACUGGCAAAAGGAACAGAGGAUUGCGUGAACGAUCUGUCAGUGUGGGGCUGUGAGCCACGUUCUUCGUGAACAGCCAUACUGUGAUGGAGAACGUCGCGGUGGCAGCCGUGAGUUCGUUGGAGGACAAUGCCACCAUACGGGAGUACCUGGAACUUCGGCUGGGACCCCAGCACAUCUUGCUGCCCAUCGUCAUCCCGCUAACAGUGCUGUACGUGGUGGUGUUCGUGAGCGGCGUCGUGGGCAACGUCACGGUGUGCCUGGUGAUAGCGCGCAACUCGCACUUCCAGACGCCCACCAACUACUAUCUCUUCUCGCUCGCCAUCUCGGAUCUGCUCAUACUCGUCUUCGGUCUGCCCAACGACCUGAAGCUCUACUGGCAGCAGUAUCCAUGGCGACUGGGCGAAGCCCUGUGUCGUUUUCGGGCCCUGGUGGCGGAGGCCACUUCGUACGCCUCCGUUCUGACCAUCGUGGCGUUCACCGCAGAGCGUUAUGUGGCCAUCUAUCACCCUCUCUUCCUGCAGACCACCUCAAGUUUGACGCGCGCCGUACGCAUCAUCGCCAUCAUCUGGGUGGUGUCGCUGGUCAGUGCCAUACCGUUCGCCGUCUACACCCGGGUCAACUUCGUGGACUUUCCGGUGGGCUCGGGUCGCGUCGUGCCCGAGUCAGCCUUCUGUGCCCUACCGAUGGACACGACUGCGGUCAGCCUUCCCUUGCUGCAGUGCUCGACGUUCGCCUUCUUCUGCCUUCCCAUGACACUGAUAGCAGUGCUCUACCUCAAGAUAGGAAUGCGGCUAAGAAGCCAGCCGGGACCCGGGCAGCAAGGGAGGCAUCAACGCAGACCGGUGCACAGAAUGCUAGUGGCGGUGGUCAUCGCGUUCUUCGUCUGCUGGGCCCCGUUCCACACCCAGCGCCUUUUGGUGGUGUACGUCAGCCCCAGUCAAUGGACUACGGGCCUACGCACCCUCAACGAGGUGCUCUACUACACAGCCGGGUGCCUCUACUACUUCAGUGCCACCAUCAACCCUAUACUCUACUCACUCAUGUCCGUCAAAUACCGAGAGGCGUUCCGAGACGCCCUCUGCACACUGUCCAAGACCAAACAGCGCCUAUCGGCUGGAGAGUUCGACGCCGGCGCCACUGUCGUCAUAGUCGGUGCCGGCCACUCCAUUCUGGACAACACGCGACUGAGCACGCUCAAGCCGUACUCCAUCGUCCAGCGUGUGGACACCGAGGAGGCAAACGUGGACGCCGCCGCGGACAUAGCGAUGCGAGCCCUCAUCAUCCAGACGGUGCUCCGCGUCAGGCCUAACCAGGAGCUGCCAUUGACACCAACGAAGAGUGAAGCUGAUGACAAAGACAAGAGCCCCAUCAAGGAGAUCUCCAGUGACAAGAGUCCCCUGCCUUCGGAGACGGUGGUGUGACUUUCUCCUUGGUGAUUUGUAAACGAGGAGGCCAUGGCAUCGUCGAGAAUAUUCAUGUCCUUGAGCUCAAGGACGGAUGUACGCUUUACCGCCGUCCAUGAGGACCGAAAUGUGUUCACAGUUGUGGAACCUAGCUCCGCACUUACUCACGCUGGAGCGCAGCUAGUGUUCAGCCCGGCGAUUUCUACCCCUGCUGUGUGAGUUCCAAGUCUGUUGAGUGCGAUCUCAAAGCAAGCUCAUGCUGUCGCUACGAUCUUGAACAUUGAUCUUGAACCUAGUCACGAAACGGCAUCUCGCGGGACUUCGGGUUUUCAAGAGGUGCUAACUUCAUGCGAAGCCUACGUACACCCGCAGACUCAGAACAGCUACUCGAGGUCCGCAGCGCUUUGUGCCAGCUACGAUAAGCAGGGCUGCGACCACAAAUCAGAUGGACGUCCUUCCUGUCCAGCGUAAACGGCUAUCCAUGCCAUAUCUGUCUCUGUGUGGAAGAACUUGCGAGCCUCAGUAACUUUUGGAGAAGUCGUCGAUUGCUCAAAAUAGGACGGAAACUUUAGCAGAUAUGCUCUUCCGCUGUGGAGGGGACGCUAGAUCACUGAGCAGUCACCUCGAAUGUGUGUUCACUUUCGGCCAGGUAGCGGCGCAGCAGUCUUCAAGAAAGUUGUGCCUCCUAAAGUGCUUUUUCGAGCACAUUUGGGUGCGCGAAGUUGCCACGUCCCUUCUAUAGCUGGGCCAGCCUUUCGAGUGUCAGGAAGACCAAUAGCGAUGCGGCUUCUACCUGAAACGUCAAAUACCUGGUGGUGCUUGGCAGCAGGCUUAUCUUCUGUAUGCCACGUUUAUGAAUCGUGAGGCUGCUAAUAUUGCGGCUAUAUACUCGUGUACUGGAGUGAAAUACAGCUACCGACCAAAAAUCCCAAAAGGUCAAAACAUGGGACUACUCAUUUCUUUCUUUUGACAGUAUUGAUGCUGAACUUUGACGCGAGGGAACUCGCACCGACGAGAGCUGCUCCCUUUGUGUCCGUGCUUAGUUACUCAACGUGUGGCUCAAAGAAGCAAGGAGGACUAUUAUGCACUGUGCUUGUGGGCAUCCUAAAGUUCGCAGACCUCGUUCACCACCAAGCCACUAAGUAAAAGGACACUCGAGAGCUGUGGCUUGCCUUCAACCUUUCAUCUCUGAGUGACGAGCAUAGUGCUUCGGAAGUGAAUUCGAAACGAACGUCAAAGUGCCAAAAUAAAAAACCCUCACUGUGCGCGGUUGUGCAAAUGUGACCAAGUUUGACCUCGACGAAAGGUCUUGUUAAGGACAUCUGCUGGACCAUAGUCUGUUAACUCUUCAGCUCUUCAACAUGACAGUGAUACGACGGAACGUCCCCACCUCACCUCUUGAAAGCUCGAAGCCAAGGAGGAUUAAGUGGUUCUCCCUGCAUGCGCGCAAACCACUGGCCUCAAGUCACCGGAGAGCCUCAAGUGACUGUCGGAACUUGCGAAAACGAAACAUUUGUGGACCCUUUAGCGAGAUGUUUUUGUUUGCACGGUGCUGUUAGUGCAACCGAACAUGUGAUGGACGACCGAACAGUUGGUGCGACACGUGUCGUUUGGUAUCGCUUAUGCAUGUGCAUUGAGAAUGUGUUGGUAGACCUUUUAACGAAAGGGUCGAAACAACGUCGCCUAUGAGCGCUGCAGAGCAUUGUCAUGUAGCAUCAGGCCCUCAGUGACUGGGCCUAAGUGACGGUGGUGGUUUUACCGACCCAGAAACCCUGCCUUUUCUAGACAAUGGAAGCAUGGGCACCAUCACAAGAGCAUUUACUUAGUGUCUACUCUAACGUGUAAGCACUGAUAAUAGUGUAACUUGAGAAGUACGGUCGUUGGUGGUGAAGACAUCCACGGUGAUGUGCGCAUGCUUGGCGGAAUAUGUUCAACAUUCUUUGGGCGUGAACAUUUAAGCAAGAUGCGCCUCGAGUGUUACUACUAGUCUCACGUGACCCAAUAGCUAACUGUAUAAAGAAAGACGUCGAGCUUAUUUUUGUGUUCAGACUUGAAACCCCCGUACCACAGAACAAGUGGUGCUCUAUACGUGGACUGUGGUUGACGUCACCUACGCGUCAAUGUAAAUACGAGACCUGAACAAAAGUCUAUAUUCCUGGUAACAAGUCAACAGCCGAUAAAAAACACUAUUAAACGUGCGCACUGCCAACUGUAGAUACACAGCGUGAGGUAGAUUUCAAACUUCGGCGCGAAAAAAAAAUCUGUGGCGAUUGCGUCCCCACUGCUCAUGAACACAUUCCCUAUAGACAGAUCAUAUCUGCGAAGUAUCACUACAACCUACCGUAUUGUACAUUAUUAGUCUCUAGCAAACGGCUGAUCCAGUCCUUUGACCUCCGCGAAACAUUGUCUGGACAUAAUGACGCGCCUGGGUACCUUGCGCCUUUUUCUGCUUUGUCAUCACAAUCGAGACAACAAGUCCUGCUUCUUCCCGUUGCGCGUUCUUAAUAUGGCUGCGUCACUCGGUUAGGUUUCUAUUAUAAUUCUCAGUUUCAGCGUGCAUAUUGCAAAAUAGGCCAUUAUUCGGUUUCAACGAACACUGCAGAUCAAAACGACUAAUUCUUUUUUGCCGCUUGAAAGGUCAUAUGCUGUCAUGCGGUGCUUUUUUGCCAAGUUUGCCUUAUUCAAAGAUGGUACGAAAGGAGCAUCUGUCAGAGCCUUCUGUUUGUUUCAAGCUUUAAUUAAGCUCGCUGCACUUGUGCAACGGCUUAGGCCUGAGGGCUUGCACGAUUUCUUUUGAAGUAAUUCAUUCUGACGCAGUGCUGCUAUCUUAGGUUAUUAUUCUUCAAGCCAAAAAAACAAGUUUUCUCAAAUGUUUUUCACUCGUUGUAAUGUUAACAGCAUCAGCACUCGUCUACCGAAAAUCCGCUUCUUCACAGCGGUGGACUGUUUCCCACUUUUAAGGUAUUUCAUAACAGCCGGCGCUUCAUGUACAAAUAUAAUUUCAUCUACGCAUUAAUUUUUUUCCAGUAGCACAAGUGGUUUGUAGUCGCUUCGGUGACUUGUGACUUCUCAGCUAGUGCGAUCAGAUGCUCGUUUGUUGCCCGGGAAACUAUAGCCUUCUCUGUUUGAGACAGCAGCCUUGUAUUCUGCAUGUAGAGGUGCUUCAUUUGUGCCUGAAUCUUUCGUUUCGGUGUAAUGGGAGAUGCCAGAAAGAAGGUGCGCGUAACCCAGGCCAGGCUGCCCCUUUCUAACUGUGGAAGCCUGUCUAUUUCUCUCUCUCUCUCUUUCUCUCUCACACACACGCUUACGGAACGUCGAGAGUAUGUUGGAAGCCCGUCUAAUCGGGAUGAAACGUACUAAAAGAAAGGACCUGGACACCCACCAAAAGGAUUUUCGAAAAUGAUUAGAACGUUUCGUCUCCCAUGGUACCGACGAAAAGUUAGUAUAUCUUAUUUUAAAAUUAAAAAUUACACCAUCUCCCGCUAAAGGGGACCAUGAGGCGAUGCGAAGCCGGAGCACUUGCACGAUCGCGUUCCGUUGGCGUUCGUUGGGCAUGCUACCGACCUCGCGUCGUGGAACGCGAAGAGGAACACUACGCGCGUCGUGCCUUCUCUCUAGCCUGGCCGUUAAUUCUCACAGGGCGAGCGGGGAACGCGGUCGACCAGCGCGCGAGAGGGGGGCAGCGUAGAAGAGGAGAGAGAGUGGGAGGCGACGCGCAUGCGCUGGCGCUCAUCGCGGCGCUACGCAGGAGAGAAUUUCGGCAUGUUGAGCCCGCAUUUCAGAGGCGUCAACCGAAGCAAGUGCUGGACUGAACGCGCGCAGCGCUCUACCACUUGAAGGAGAGGAGACUGAAGGAGGAGAGUAGCGCAUGCGCCGCGAGAGCAGAAGCGAGAACGCAGGAGAAGCGCAAGCAGGUGCUGGGAGAGAAGUGGAGAGAGUAACGCGCGCCUGUUGAAGAGAGAGAAGGAGGAGAGUUGCGCAUGCGUAGUGUGAGCGCGGACGCCCACGCCGCGGGACAUACCCCUGAGCAAGAGAUGCUUCGCAUCUAAAAAGAUCCCCGCCCAUGCACUUCGUACAGAUGGCUAACCAGCGAAGCUGAAACGUGCAGCCCCUGUGUUUUUCACGACACUUCACUAAAGUCUUUAUGAAUCAUUGGUUCCAUCUUUGUGAGCCUCCUGCUCCUUGGGAGUACGAAUAACGCGUGGCGGACCCAUUUGACACUCGUAGAGAAACUGCUGCGCGCACGCUCGUCUGCGACGGGGGACAACAAAAUUAGCACUGGCGCAGCCAAUCGCGCGGCUCUAUUUUUUUGUUUUUAUUAUUGUUGCACUCGCAAAGUCUUCGCACCUGCGCUCGCUCCCUCGGAUGCGUAGUUCCCACUAAACCGCCUCGGUUUAUGAGAGAGUGUAGCUACGUCAUCUACCUACUCUGCAAAGGUGGGUUGCUCCAGAGGAGUUUCUGCGCACUCACGGACCGCCAGAUUUUCCCACCUCCCAGCUACAUACAGUUUUGCUGUGAAACCAUUUUGGCAGGCGCCCAGAUCCCUUCAUUUAGUAAACACAUAACACACACUCAUCGUCGAAACAAAUUCGGCGCCAGAGCCCUAGACUACAAAUGUUUGUGUUUCUUUUUUCAUCAGCCGUGUGAACUAGAUGUCGCUGAAAUCUCUCUUGUUUAAUCUAGGGUCGUGUGUAGAAUAGAGAACUGAACAAGUGGAUGACAACCGAGAAUGUAUUAACGCACGCCAGAUCACUUCGUCCUUUUGCCUCCUCGUACGUUCCUCUACCGAAAACCUCGUGUCGCGUUUCCAAACCUUCCGUUGGGAUUCCUGUCAGUUCAAGAUUGACUAUGCGUUUGUACAACUCGGGCCACUCAAAGACAGCGAGAAGAGUCAUCUUCUUAAUUGACAGACCCGCAUCAAUUAUCCUUUAUUCCUGGAUAAUUCAAUUUGUGUAAAUUUAGACCUCACAAUAGCUCGUUCCAAAGGCUGCAGUACUUCUCCGGUCCUGUUUAUUAUUAUGAGAUCGUGAAGUAUUCAAAAAUUGCUGAUUACGGCUCACAUGACUGCGUUUCCGUAAAAGUCAUUUUAAAUGUUGAACUCUGCUGCCCCUGUUUCAGGGGCAGCAGAAAUCAGGACACAUGUUAACUCCUCAUGUCUUUUCGCCAAUCACAGAAUAACAUAUUUAGUUUUUCUGUGAGCACAAAGGAUAGCUAGUUCAAUUCUCCACAAUCCGAAACUUUAACUUCCUUGCAACGGGUAUGCUUCUUUCCUGGUUAACCUUUCGCCCUUUAUGUCGUACCUGACUGCACUCCCAGUUUCGAGUUGGCAAAACUACUUUCUCACUUGCCAUUUUUUCAACAACCUGUGCUAUUCGUAAUCAUUAUGGGAUAACUUGGCGAUUACCGCUUGAGUGACCAAUCGCGAUCGACGAAAAGUCCUAUAACGGCUCAGCUGUUUGUACAUAAACAUGUCGUGUACAGUGCGCGAGCGUGUGGCAUCUAUUCAGUGCAUUUACGCUUCCGCGUCGUAACGCCAGUUGCCUUACGAUAUCAUCCUUGCUAUAGCGAACGACCUACACUGCGUGUCACGCUUAGAGGUUGUAUAAGCGUCAUUUUAAAACUCACGACACUUGACAAUUACUAAGUCUGCAGAUUUUUCUUUUAAACUUGUCUGGUAAAAAGUUAGACGACCACGUUUAUUAUGAAAGAGAUGUAACGUGGUAGAUAAUUUACCUUGUGUAGAUAUCGAUAACUAUCUUCAAGCGUGACACCAGUGAUACCCACCCUCCCCGCUGUAACGGUUAAAGCUGCGGUGUUUGUUGUUCACCUUAUGCCUAUAAAUUGUUCUGCAUUGUUGAGGUCGCUUAUUAUUGAAUGUUUUGUGAAGUGUAUGAGAGCUUUAUGGUUGUCCCGCCUAAAAAAACCACUGAAACUUGAGUCAUCGCACUGUGUUCUUAUUUCGCUCUUUUUGAAGUAUUACGACGUAAUCACAAACGUAAUACUGUCUUUCGGACUAUACGUGGUGUAAAGUACCUGUACUCGUUGAAGCAUACAAGCUUUGGCGAUGAACUAAGUCUGGUUUGUGCCGUGCGGUUUUCUCUCUGAGUCAUCAAAAAUGCGAUUGUUCGGCCCAUAAAUCACAGGGCCACCAGAACAAUUACUGCAUUUUGACAUUACAAUGGCCACAGUGAAUUAGCAACGUUCCACCGAGUACUCCUGAAGAAGCGUAGUCUUAUGUACUGAACUUGUUUAUUACCUGAAGACAUCCAUGGUUUUAUAUAGGAUAUCUUGAAGUCAAUGUACACUAUCUUUCGUCUGUGUUGCUCAGGUCAUGAAAGCGUUGAAUGCUCACUGGAAGCCACUCGCUAAAGUGCAUGUCUUUCUUCGUCCCCGUUUCACCCUUUAACCACUGAUUAUUCCGUACGGCUAUGAAAGUCUAAAAUUUAAGAGUCGCAUUUAGACUGAAGGCACGAAAUUUGGAUUUAGACUUGCCCCGUUUCAGACAAAUGUACCUGACAGCACUCUACGUUCGAUGUCAAUGAGGUGUGCUCAAAUUUCAUAGGCUCUUUUUCUUCAAGAACGAGACCUUCGUUAGAAGCCUGUGAACUAUAUCAGAAGAAUAGAGCACAUGGGUGCUUUUGCGCAAGACCACCUGCCAUUCAGAAGUAUAGAGGUCAGUACACCUGCCUGGCAUGUGAAGUAUUCAUUACUCCUCCUCCAACUAGUUCACUGCGGUACUCGAAAUGUAGCUGUGUAAAUCGGUUCCUAUGCUGCAGAUAGUUGAGAGUCUAAAUCUGGUCAAAGCAAUUCUGAUAACGAACAUUGUUACAGGCUCAAUUUGUUGUGUCCUCAGAAUAACAAUUAGAUUUAAGUGCUCAUUCGGCAGAUAUCCUCAAGUAAAUGUCAUGCAUGUGAAGGCGGCGCAAACAUUGAUUAAGAGGUGUCUAAAUGUUGUGCAAAGGCAAACCUUCCCUGUGAAUGAUCUGUCACUAUAAAGAUGACUCUUGCCA